UGGGUUGUAGUGAUGUGUAGCCAGCCACCAUGAGUGAAGAAGAAGGGGAGAAAUAAAGAUUGAUAAUGGCAGCCAGCGAUUACGGCUCGUCUGCGAGCAUGCAACGUUCUUGUCGUGCGUUUGGUGCCGCGGACGCGCCGGGGCGAGCCCUCAGACAGCGGUGAGGAUUUUAUUAUUUUACACCAGCGCGUGAAAUCUGUAUCGGGAGCUGCGCGCGCGCGAGAGAGAGCAAGAGCGAGAGAGAGAGAGAGAGAAAAAACAGGGGAAGAAAAUGGGCCGUGCAGCGGUGUAGCGGAGGUAAAGUGACCUUUAAUCGCAUUGUCCCGUAUGGAAGAUUUGCCAGAUUUCCACAAGAACGGCGUGAUGUUGUCGCUGGAUGCGCAGCCGCGUCGUGUUGUCACGAAAACAGCAGCGGCGGCGGCCACGACCAACGGCGACACCUCUACCGGGGAGCCUCCAUCCUCCUCCUCCUCCUCCUCCGCUGCCGCCUCCUCCUCCUCCUUCACAGUCAAUAGCAGCGCCUCCCGCCUGCCCGUCCACUUGACGGCCUCUUCUCACCAAGCUCCCCAGCCGAGGAGACAUCACCCGCCUUACCAUUUCCGAGUCCAUCACCUGUUCCCUGACGACAACACUCAGGAGCCCCUGGCGAGGAAGAACCUCCCCGCGCUUCAGUACAAGGUCCAUGACUCUGCCUUUUGCCGUGUGCUCAGCGCCGACACCACUGCUGCUGCCCUCGCCGCCGCUGCCGUAUGCUCCAGCGGCGUGGACCGAGACAUCUGGAAGUGUGGCUAUCUCCGCAAGCAGAAGCACGGCCACAAGAGGUUCUUCGUCCUCAGAGGCCCCAGCAACCUGGGGCCCAGCAGACUGGAGUACUAUGACAGCGAGAAGAAAUUCCGAAAUACCCUCAAAGCUGCUGCUGCUGCUGCCUCCUCCUCCUCCUCCUCAACUGCCAGUGUUGCUUGUCCUCCCAAGAGGGUCAUUUACCUGUCCCAGUGUUUCACUGUCAACAAGAGGGCUGACGCCAAGAACAAAUACCUCAUUGCCCUUUAUACUAAAGACGAGUACUUCGCCAUGGUGGCAGACAGCGAGCAGGAGCAGGAGGACUGGUACCUGGCCCUCACCGAGCUGAUGACUGAGGGCAAGAAAGGGCAGCUGGACACUGACGAGCUGGACGACGGCUACGGAACCAUUUCGCCCGGCACCAUAUUCAAGGAGGUAUGGCAGGUGAACGUGAAGCCCAAAGGUUUAGGGCAGACCAAGAACCUGAUGGGGGUGUACCGUCUGUGCCUUUCUGCCAAGACAAUUCACCUGGUGAAGUUGAACUCAGAGACCCCCGCUGUAAACCUGCCGCUGAUGAACAUUCGCCGCUGCGGCCACUCCGAGAGCUUCUUCUUCAUCGAGGUGGGUCGCUCCUCUUCCAUCGGGCCAGGUGAGAUCUGGGUGCAGGUGGAGGACUCUGUGGUGGCUCAGAACAUGCACGAAACCAUCCUGGACACCAUGAAGGCGCUGAAAGCAUUUCCUGACUUUAGGCCGCGGAGCAAAAGCCAGUCUUCAGGCUCGAAUCCCAUCCCCUUCAUUACAACUCGGCGCCACCUCGGCAACCUGCCACCCAGCCAGACAGGCCUGCAGCGCGCCUCCAGAACAGAUUCAGUGACUGGAACGCCCCCCACAGGUAAAGGAGCAAGAGGUCAGCGCUAUCGUACAUCCAGUGAAGGUGAGGGGACUUCAGACCGGCCUCUGAGCUCCGGCACAGGCAGCUUGGUGCACCUAAACACCCCCUGUUUGAAUGUGGGCAGGGAGGAGAGUGGGGGAUGCUGCUGCUCUCAUGCCUCACCCGGCUCUGCCCACCACACCCGUUCCGCCUCCCUCCCUGUAUCACAUUUCCUGUCAGCUACCAGUCCCAUUAGUGUUUCCAGCAGCAGCGGUCACGGAUCAGCUUCUGACACACAUACACGUCCCUCCAGCUCCUCCAUAUGUGGUUCCCCCAGCGAUGGUGGUUUUAACUCCUCUGAUGAAUUCUGCCCCAGCCCUUGUGACUUUAGGUAUUUCCGUGCAAGCAGCAGCACUCCUGAAUCCCAUGGCAACACUCCACCCAUUAGGGAGGAGUAUCGGCUGGUGGACUACAUGGCCAUGGACUGGCACAAAGAGACACAGGGCGGAGCCAGGACUUUUGAGGAGGAGAGUAGUUACAUGGAAAGAACUUUCCUUAAGCUUGCACAUUCCUCCAAGCCAAAGCUUGGCAAUGGUUUAGGUGUCAUGCACCAGAAAGCUACACAGACCUCAUCUUCAUUAGAUGAAUCAAGCCCUGUGGAGUCAAAACGGCACCCUGUCUGCUCGUGCCUCCUUAAAGCAGGCUAUAAGUCUUACUCUGAGUUACAUCACCCAACCAGGCCUCCCUCGCUCAACUCUGACGGUCAAAAGAAACUGCCUAAGGAUGACGGCUACAUGCCCAUGAUGUACAACAUUGUCCCCUCUCCUAAUGCAGAUUACACCCCUAUGCAACCCAGAGCAAACCACCCAGCCACUCUGGACAUUCAUCCCUGCUCUUCGCAACAGGUGGACAGGCAUGGAUAUAUGAUGAUGCUGCCUGCAGACAGCCCUUCGCCAGGAUUACCCAGCCCUUCUAACAGAAACCAGGCGGAGUAUGAUGAUUAUAUGGAUAUGUCUCAAAUUGUCUCAGCUGAAGGAUACACGCAGUCCUCCCCAGAAGGCCCUAAGUCUCACGGAUCAUAUUUUUCACUUCCGCGCUCCUAUAAAGCUCCCUCGAGGGAGAACCGCCAGCAGACAGAGUAUGUUCCCAUGUCACCAGCCGAACCACCAAGCCCACCCAGUCCAGGGGAGUACAUCCACAUGGAUUUUGGUGACAGACCUCCUCAUGCUGCUUCCUCCCCAUCAGCUAUGAACUCACCCUCCACCCCAAGCUCUCAACCCUGCUAUCAGCUCUGCUGCUCCUCCCCUGACCAUGACUACUUAGGCCUAAACAUGGAUAGCCUGCUGAAGGACCGCCCACCUCGUCACUCACUUGUUGCUCCAUGGAACCCCCCAAAUUACGCACGCCCCUUAAGAUGCGCUUAUGGCCCAUCUCAGGCUGAUUACAACCCUGAGAAGGUCCACAGCAGAUGUGUGGAAGCUGGAAGUCCCUCCCGAAUGAUCCAGCACCUCUGUGUGACUGAGAGAACACCCAGCCCUCAGAUGGAGCCCAAGGUCAUCAGGGCUGAUCCACAGGGCCGGAGGAGACACAGCUCAGAGACCUUUAUCCCUUCACCUGGUGGCACCACCAGUAGCUGUGGCAUCAGAGCACCUGCCAACCUCAAUCUUGUAGAGGGCAGCAGGUGGCAGAAUUCUGCCUCAUUUGACAGUGUGUGGUCUCACACAGAAGAUCAAGGAUCUCCGGACUCUGUUGCCCUCUCUCCAAACUGUGCUACUGGAGGAACACACCGGACCACUUCAUCCAGCUACCUCAACUACAUUGCUCUGGACCUUAGGGAAGUCCCCAGGAUCACACGCAAUGCCCCCCCUCCACACCCAGCCCAUGGGACCCUCCAAGAGAGUGAGGCCUAUGCUGGUAUAGAUUUUUCCAUGUCAGGAGGACACACCACUGCCUCAAAAGAGUAAGCAAGUCAUGUGCUGGGAGGAAAUCAGGACAUUGGGAAUCCAAUGAACUCUGGAAUGCAGAAGAGGAAGCUGCUUCCUCCUCCUCAUCAGACCUCCAACUACAAAGACUGAAACUGCACAACCUCUUUUGCUCUGUAUCUCCUACAUAACUGCCUCAAACCGGUUCCAUUUCUUUUCUGUUCAAAAAAGAAAAUCGGUUACUUUUUUAAUUUAUUAUUUAAUGAUUUAUUUAUUGAUUUAUUUAUUUUUGGACAACAGCUAUUGUUUACUUGAGUGGCUGCACUGAGUCUAAAUCAGAACUGUGAACUCCAACCAGACAUAUAGCACUUAUUAGUUUCCCUUUAUGGUUCUGCUCAUCGCUGACGUUCUUAUUUACAGACGAGCCGCCAUUCCGUUCCCUCGACAAAACCCGCAUAGAACUUUGUAAAUAGGAGGAGCUUGUAUAUCAGAUAACAUUUUGUAAAAUGUGCCAACUACUUAGUAGUUCCCUCCGCCACCACAAACACACAGCCACACACUCACACACGCACAUAUAAUGUAUAUGUAGAUCUUGUUUAUUUAUAUUGAUUUGUAUUUAUAUGAAGGGUGUAUUUUUUCAGGGAGCAUUUAGUUGCUUGCAGAUCCUGCUUACAGAAAUUGUAAAGGGGUUUUAAGUUGGCCGUGUAGGCCACCUCUCUGAACAUGUCAGAAACGUCAUUUUACUUUACAGCAUCAUAAGAUUGACAGGUGAGGGUUAUUUAUUUAUUUUUUGUUAUAUAUAUACCUCUGAGGGCCUGGAUACACUGAUGAACCCAGUCCGGCAAAAGAUCCUUGAUGUCUCCCUAAUGUCUCCAAUAACCCAAUGAUUAAUUUACCCUACACUGUACUAUACUUUUAAAACUAAAGACUAAACUGAUCCCAAAUUAAUCCAGUAGUUAACGUUACCUAGUGGUUCUUUAAGCUUUCAAAAAGGUUUUAAAACUUGCUUCUUUAACACACCUGAUUCAACUUGUCAGUUAAUUGCCACGUUCCAAAUCCUGCUGCAGUCGAGGUAGGAUGGUUCCUUUGUAGGACUAUCCUAUGAAGAUUCAUUUUUAAUAAGCUGUUUGUCACACAAAUAAAAACAUAAGGCUUAAAAGGCUUAUUGGUGAUGUCACCAGAAUGGUGGUUUGAAAUGUGUAAAGAAACCUAACAUUUUAUUUUAUUUCUUUGAUAUAUUUUUCUGUCCAAUUUAAAUCGACUUAACCCACCCAUUCCUUAGUCCCCUGUCACUUGAAAUGCUUGUGAUACUGGGAUGGUGAGGACCAGCACAUGCCUCCUCUGAUACACGUGAAGACUCUCGCCUCUUAUGUUCUAAUUUCUGCCAAUACAGCAUCACAGGGCAGCCAAGGCAAUGAUCUCUCGGGCUCUGGCUGCUGAUGGCGAAGCAGCAAAACUAGUGAUUCUUAAGUCGUAGGUUUGGGUGUCAGCAUCUUAGUCUGCUCAACCACUCAAGAGCUUUAAAAAGUAACAUUCUAAAAAGAACUCUGCUCUGGAGGCCUAAUUUUGCACAGUUUUCAUGCUGUUUUGUGCAGUUGAGAACUGUGGGUAGCCUAGGCAAGGACCUAUCUCAGCUGCAGCCUAGGAUUUGGAAUGUAGCUUCUGAGUAGAGAAAGCACCAAGCAUCCUAGAAGAUGAUUUUAGAGCCCUGUCCUAACAAUAUUCUAUUACUCCUGAACCAAAACAGGAGGACCUUAGUAGUAAGGUUAAUGAGUUAAGUUGAAUGCUUUGAGUACAGUUGCCUAAUUGGGAUCCAAAACAGUGGUCCCAACCCUGCUCCUGAAGAUCUAUACCUUAUUCUUUUGGCACCUAAUCAACCCCCCCCCCCCCCCAAGCCAUUUACUGCCUGCCUUCAUAGGUGCUUGAUUAACUGUAAGAGGAGCGUGAAAUCUGUAGGGAGCCAGAUCUCCAGGCUGAGGGCUGGUGACCACUGUUCUGUAGCAUCUUUCCAAGAGAACCUCCUUUUUUGGUGCCUUUUGUAUCAGGAGCUUGUCUUCAUCUCCAGCAUGCAAACUAAUAAUAACUAACAUCGUGGAUCCGAACAAUAGAAGUGAUCUUUGCAGUGAGUCAUGUACCAAACUGAUUGUACUGCUGAUGAUGAGUCAAAGUUCCUAUUAUGGGUCUCUCAUCAUGCUUUUCUCCAGUGUAUCCAAGCCCUGAGGGGGUUUAGCAUGAAAACGCCACUCUGUCUCCCCUCUCAGAGUGUUCCUUCUGUUAGAUUUGAGACAAUGCCACACAUUGGGCGGUUCAUACGAUCAAUUCUUACAAUCAGUUAUCGUAUAUUUAGAGCUAGGAAGCGUUCUUAAAUUGCAGAAAGCACUUUUUUGUAGGUACUAGAUGAUAGCAGUGUUUCCCCCAUUCCUGUGGAUGCUACCUCCGGUCCAUAUGACUCAACAUGGAUCUCAUAUGGUGCGGUUAGACCAGUGGUCUCCUACUGUUUCUUCUGAAGAGCUAUCUUACUGUAGGAUUAAAAUCCAGUCAAAUCUAGCAACCACAUCCUAUUCAGCCAAUCAAGAACAACUGACUCAUCUAGUAAUUACCUAGUGGUUCAAGUGGGGUGGAUUUGGGUUCCCAUUGUCUGUGGGAAAGUAGCUCUUCAGGAGCAGGGUUAAAGACCACUGAGUUAGACCAUUUUAUUGAAAACUCAACAACCUACAACAUAAACCAUUUAAUAUAGUAUUACCAAUAUAAUACUAAUAAUUACUGGCAUACAAGUUUUAAACUUACAAGGAGAAGCAUAUGGUUAUAAAGUGGGUGGUUCUAUUCAUACAAUAAUGUAUUCUAGAGCUUCUAAAUCUUUAAAAAACUAAAAAUUAGGGGGUUCUAAAUACUCCUCGGCUUAGAUUUAAGUAACAGUAAUUUGGAGUUCAUAUGAAGGUUAUCAAAGUUUGGUUGUUCAAUGCCUCCAUUUCAAAGAACAUUUUCUUCAAUGCACCAUUAUUUAUUCUUUUUCCAGAGUGUUUAAGCCAGUCUCUCUCAAUCCUUGUCCUGAAAUCCCUCUGCCAUGCACAUUUCAAUGCUUUCCCAACUUCCGAAACGUCUGAUUUGAAUUAUAAUCUUAACUAACAAGCCCUUUCAGAGUUUUUUUCAGGAAUAUAUUAAAGCAUAAAGCAAGGAAACCACUAAAAUGUGUAGGGCUGAGUUCCUUCAGGACCAGGAUUGAGACCCUUCAUUUUUUGAGAACAUAAAUGUCAACUUCCAAGUUCAGCCCUAACCUUAUAAUCCACCCAACCUGAUCAUCAUCCAGUUAUUGCCUUCAGAAGUGUUUGAUAAGCUGUAACCUGCUGAAUGUGGACUUUCUCCACAAAGAGAAACGCUUGGUGACCACUGUUGUAUUGACUGUAAUGCCACAUCUUCUCUUUGUAGGGAUGCACCAGAUAUUCAACAACCAAUAUUAUACAUCUAAAAAAUGUUAAAUAUUUUUUAAUUGUAGUUCUGUAAUUGCUUUUCUUUGAAAAGCAAGACUGAACAACAUUUAAUUUAAUUCAUGCACUGGCAAAAAAAUGGCAAAAGUAUUGAAAACCUAAAAAAAAAUGUGUAUUGUGUUCUGUAUUCAGUAUUCAAGAUUUGGCCAAAUAUUUCAUUUUGUUCAAUUUCGGUUUUGGACCGAAACUUUAACUUAAAUAUUGGUGCAUCCCUGACCUUUAAGUCCGUUUAUUUUUGACAUUUUGUCUUGUCUUACAUGUGCUGCCAGGUUUAAGAAAGGCCAGGCGAAUACAGUAUAAUGCAAACAUCUGUCAUGGCAUUUUUUUUGUCCAUCAUUUCCAGAAAAAAAAAUCCCUAGAAAAUUGUGGCUCGCUUUGGGUUGGUUUCAAACACAGCAGCGUACUGUUUACAUUUGUUACAAGAUCUGUUUUACGCAGUGUUACGCAGAGAUGGUGUUUUUUUAGCUCUUCUUAACUGGAUAAGGAGAGGAGAUUGUUGUUUUGUUAUUUUUUUACUGAACAAUGAGGUUACUGAACGUUCUCGUAUAUUAUUCCCGAUACUCACAAAACACAGCACUUCACACUGCAAACAUACAGUAUACCUGGAUACUACACUGGUACUGUACUAACAACCAACAAAUCCAACCAAUCAACCAACCAGCCAAUCAAUCAACCUACUGUCUAUGCGCUUGAUCAUUCCUUACACGGUACAUACUGUAGCCUACUGUUCUACACAACUCUACUCUGUUCUGUAUGAUCUGUAUGAUUAUGUUGAUGAUUUAUUUAAUGAGAUUUGGUAAUGAUUCAUUUAUUCAUUUAUUUAUGAACAUGAUGUUUAUUUAUUGAUUGAUACGGUGAUGUUCACUGUAUGUGGGACAGUUUGUACAGAGCAUUGCUGGUGAUUGCAAUUAUAUUAAUAUAUAACUCGAAAAGAGGGAGAAAUUAAGUGUAAAUAUGACCUUACUUAAGACCAUGUGUUUUUCUCACAUCUCUUUGUCUUUGCUUUUUUUUUAUUAUUAUUAAUUAAUUAAUUUAUUUAUUUAUUUUUUUGGUAAUUGAUUUCUUUUUUAAACUACUAAGGGUUAUUAACAGUCCCUUUCUUGCCUGUACCUGAAAGCUUUAUAUGAAGAGAUGUUGGGUAGAGGUUGUGGUUGAAAGCUGUGUAGUAAGAAGUGUUAGCUUUACAGUAGUAGUCCAGAUGAUGUUGGGACAAAGCUGUAUGUCAGUGACUUAUCCAUUCGUUUCAGUGGCAGGACCCUCGUGGCCGCCCUUUCUUUCUUUGACUAGCUUUUGUGUCAUGCUAUCGUGUCAUGAUAUUGCGUUGCUUUAAUGUAUGUAAUAUGUGAAAUGGGAAAAAAAAAUAACAGUAGUAUACCGUUUCUUGGAAACUUUUCUACACAAUAACUACAGUGACAACCUGAAAACUAAUCAAGCUUGUGUUUUUGUACUUUGGGCUCUUGAGAAUCUAGAAUUGGGGAUAACUCUUAUUUGUUUGGAAUUGUGGAAUUGAGUUAUUUGCCUUUUUUUUUUUUCAAGUUUAUUUUGCGUUUUGAUGAAGGAAGAGAGGGAAUGGGGUGUGGGGUUGGGUGGGGGAGAAUUUGAAAUAGGCAGAGUGUGUGUUGAUUGACAAUUUGCAGUUUGUCAUUUCUCUUGAGGAUCCCAGUCAAUGCUCACAUCUGCUGCUUAAAAGUUUGCGAUCAGGCUGAACCACGCUGAUAGUGCUGACUGAAUCGGACUCAUUCUGAACACCGUCUUCCUUUGUAAAUAUUGUAAUUUUUGAUAUCCCUUUCUCUUGUUGACCAUGCUACACAGCACCCACUUUCCUUGAUUUCAGAGCGAGGGGUGUCUGAAAGGGGGGGAGGAUUUUUUUGUCAGUUCUACAUUUUUAUAUUUUAUUUUUGGUGUAUAUUUAUCAAAAUUGGGUUUUGCUUGUCAUAGAGCUAUUGCAAUAAAAAAGUGCCAAGGUAUUCUUGA